UAAAAAAGCUCCUAAUAUUAAAUUUAUAAAUAAGAACUAUCCAAAUAUUGAAUUAAAAAUGAAAAAAUUUGAUAUUAAUCUUAUGCAAUUUUAUAUUGUUGAUGAUAAUAAUUAUCCUCUUGAAAAUGUUCCUAAAAAUAUUAAAUGUUUUGUUUGUUCAAGAUUUAAAAAAUUAGAAAAAGAAGUAAAAAAAAUUGAUGGAAUGGAAAAAGUUAAAAUUAAAUUACUUGAAUAUAAUAUUGAAAAUAAUGAAAGUAGUGAAGAAACAAAAUUUGAAAUUAUAGAA